CUUCCCAUUUCUUCAUCAAUAAGUUAUGUCGUCAAAGUCUUCUUCGUAGUUUGAAUUUUAGUCGAAAUACUUUGCAGAGAAUUGAAGCUUAUAAUUAUUUUUGAUUCGUUUUUCCAACGUGAACGUGAAGGGGGAUCGGAGCUUCUAGUUAAGGAUGGACUAUUUCGCACACUUGCCGGAAGGCUGCAUAUCCGAAAUCCUUUCGUUGACGUCGCCGGAAGAUACCGCGAGAUUAUCGGCGACGUCGAAGGGGUUCAAGGCGGCGGCCGAAUCGGACUCUGUUUGGAACAGAUUUCUUCCGCCAGAUCUCACCGAUAUCAUCUCAAGAUCGGCGUCUCCGGUGGUGUAUUCCAACAAGAAAGAGCUUUACUUCACCCUCUGCAACUCUCCCAUUCUCCUUGACGACGGAGCCAAAUUGGUGCGCCCAACGACGGGGCCAGGACAUUAUUUGAGUGGAGGCGAAAGAGUAAAGAGCUUUUCACUUGAUCGAAGGAGUGGGAAGAAGUGCUUUAUGAUUGCAGCAAGACAACUAGAUAUUAUAUGGGGAAACGAAGACCAUUGCUGCCAAUGGGCAUCUCUCGCCGACUCCAGGUUCUCAGAGGUGGCUGUUAUCCGGAGAAUCAUAUGGUUUGAUAUUCGGGGCAAGAUCGCAACUAAGAUGCUCUCUGAAACCACAAAUUACGCAGUUUAUCUAGUGUUUAGAUUCGCAGGCAGCGCCUACGGCCUUCAAUCAUCACGAGCGUUGGUUAGAUUGGUUAGUCGAGAGAGCAACGAGGAGGAUGCACAAAAUGGAGCAGAUAAUCUGGUCAAUCUAUUUAUCGGCGGCGUCCGGCGGCAAGAGAGAAGCGACGGAUGGAUGGAGGUGGAAAUGGGUAGCUUUUACAACGACGCAGGAGACGACGGCGAUGUGGAAGCGCAGUUCAUUGAGUUGUGGCCCUUCAGGUGGGAGAGGGGUCUUAUUGUUCAAGGUUUUGAGUUCCGCCCUAAAUGACAAAACUCAAUCGUUACGCUGUGGACACGGUUUUAUG